AACGCCGUUUCAGCGUGAACAAUCGCCCAAAAGUCGCGGCGAUUUGAUCGAAAUCGUCAAUAUUUACGUGGAUCUACUUUUCGCCGGAGCACGGUUUCGGAGUGGCACCCAAACAAAACGAGCAGUGUAGCUUUAGUAGUAAAUGUAAAUUGACGAGGUUGAUAUACUGUUUCAUUCGUCCCACGUUACACGUUCUCGUUCUGUAGGUUACGUAUUAGUUAUUCGAAGCUGGGCGAAAAAGACAAUAUCGCAGCACUGAUUGCUCCGUUUUCGAGUUUUCCGUUGUUUUAUUCAGUGCGCCGCUAGUGAAUUAGAAGUGUAUUAGCCGAAGGAAAUAUGCCGUCAGCAGAAAUGUGUAACAUGACGUCCAAUAGUUCUAAAUUCAGUAUUUCCUCUAAGGAAAUCGAAGGCCUAGUUUUAGAAAUUAAGGAGAACCUGCGAUUGUCGGCGGCUUCGGGCACUAUACAGUACAAAGCUAUACCUCGCAGUAUUUCCAGGAGAUCCUCCAGGGCUUCGCCAUACAGCAGACCUCCCAAAUGUUGUGAUAGACGGUGUUGUGACACAAAUUGUUUGGGUAAACACAAAACCCAGGAAGUAGGCGGCGAAGAUCCUUAUGAACUCUUACAAAAAUUACUAAAGAAUGGAAGUUUAGUGAACGAGGCUGUGAAAAGGGUACAAUUAGGACUUACUGCCAAGCAAUUUUAUUACGAUUCGGACGACGAGUGUAGAACACCCGUAUUCCAAUUUAUACCUCAGGAGAAUUAACCCUAAAUUACUACAUAUUACAAAAAAAUGUUCCUUUUUUAAUGACAUCCAAAUUCGAAAAGUUACAUGGACGAGCUGGUGUCGAUCGUACUACGAUCCGAAUGAAAUUUGGCAAGAGGUAAUUAGCUUGUUCUGGACACAUCUUAAAAUAACUAGAAUUAUACGCUUAACUCGAAUCUACUGCUAUUACGCUUAACUAUUUCAAUUUAUACAAAUUUAAAUUGUAAGAUCUGUGAUUCAAAAUCAAGUUUCAUAUGGUGAAUGUCGAGUCAAAUUUGUGAUUAUUGUGAAUGACUUUAUGAAUGGCUUGUUUGCAACAAGUGUAGAAAGUAUGCGUCUUACUCAUUUCUCAAUUAAAUAUGUUUUUUACUUAAUUCAAAUUAGAAAGCAAUUGUUAUACAAUUUCAAAAAAAAAUAAAUAAAAAUAGAAUAUCCGCGACUACAUCUUGACUAGUAAAAAUAUUCAUAAUCUCUUGUAAUUAAGAAAUCCUUAUAUGCUCACUUUUCUGCAUAGUAUGUAAGAUUAUGGCUAUUUAAACUAGAGAGAUCAUAAUUAAGGCCAGGUCGUCUGAUUGAAUUUUAUUUUUUUGCUUACAUAUAAGGUAAGGACAAACCACUUUACAACUAAGUAUAUCUAAAUAAAGAAUUAUUUGCAAAUAUCUAUCAAAAAAGAACCAGCCCAUCAGAUCUAUAGAAAUGUCUGGAGUGUAUACAGCAUUGGACUUAAUCCCCAUGAGACUUUGGUACAUAUUUAUACAAUUUCAAAACAAACUUGUUUUGUAAGAACAUUUCCAACCGAAAAUAUAAUUCGAUAGUUAACAGAUAACAGUUUUAUUUCGGAUUUUUUACUGUACAUAAAAUGUUUUAAUUAAAAUUAAUCAGGUUUAUGCGGGCUCGUUGCUGUAGCCACAUAAUGAAAGUUUCUGAUACCCAAAAACCCUGCUUUCACACGGAGUCAUUGCAACAUUUUUGCACUAUUAUGCUAAUUCAUUCGCCGCUUUUUCACGCGAGUAGCUACAUUGUUUGCUAAUUUUUUCGUCCAUCAAUUUGGGUAAACAUUUUUACAGGGGAAAGUUCAAAUUCGGCUCGAUGUUGGCGAAUAUUCUGCAUCAUCCUGAUUUUUUAAAGGCAAAUUUCAUGUUGAUUAGGUUUUCGCUAAAAAUUAACUAUGAAUAUUUCAAUUUCCAUAGUAAAAUAUGCCGAUUUAAUGUUAGAAUUCAAGGCCUUAUUAUACUUUGCUUAGAUAGGAGUGUAUAUUAUACCUGUUUUUAAGCAGUUGUAUAAUAAUUUGGGAAUUUCAUUUGAAUGUUUAACUCUGAAAAAAAAAUUCCUCUUACUGAAGUAGAACCCAGCUGACAGCUGUAAUGCUAGAAAGCAUUUUUGCUGGGUUAUUGACCAUGUUUUUUUCCUUUUGUUGUGAUUUUCGGCCUUUUAUUUUGCUGUUCAGCCAGGAAUUCAAACAACAACAUUGUAAUGAUGACUGUUGUAAGAAUAAUUAAUGAUUACCUAAUAAUGCAAUGCAUUUUAGCAUUGCACUUUUGAACCGUUUAUACCUUAUUAUAACAUAUAAACAUAACGUAAUGUUUAAAUUUACAAACGCGCAAUUUUGUUAUUGACAUUUGAAUUGUUAUCAAUUUAAAUUGGAAUCGAAAUUCAAAAUGGAUCGCUCGCUUUUCGCCUAAAAUAGAAUUUCAAUCGAGAAUAUACAGAGUAUUUAUACAUUCAUUGUUUCCAGUAUGUUUGUAAUACAAUUUAUUUUUAUAGGUACAAUUCGAUUUACGUAUGUGUGAUAUAUAAACAUUACGUAGUAGUAAGUACAACUGAUAAAUGUUAUCCUGUGAUAACGAUAACAGAAACAUGUGGAAAUGAAGGUCAGAGGGAUAUGGAAUAAAGUAAUAGCGAUUUUAGAAUUAAAAUUUUAUUGCGUCUAUUAGAUUUGUUAAGAAAAUUCCUCAAAAUUAAUUGUAUAAUAGUCAAAAAUCCUUGACAAUGACCAAAAUACAUUCGUCAAAUCGUAUGGAUAUUAUUCUUUAUGGCCAUGAUUAGAGAAUACAUCCAAAAUUAAACUGUUUACCCAAGUAGUUUCCAUUAAAUUACAGUUAUUAAAGAAACGGGGACGCUGUUCAUUAUACAUUCCAGACGAAAAUAGUAUGAUUGGUUCUUUUCAACAAUUAAAAUUUGUUUUAAAUCGAAAUCAACCGCUAGAAAUUUAUAAUUUGUUUAUGUUUGGAAUACUUACCUGUUUAUCAUGAUGAAUUUUAAAUAUUUGUGCAUACUUCUUGGUCUGCCUACCUUGUAUGUAAUGGCUGUUUGGAAAAAUAAAUGAAAGUCAAAUGAUUUAUUUCAUACAUAAUACUAAACAAAUAAUUGCCAUGUUUCUUAAUAAAAAUAAUUAAUGAUCAGUGAUUGACACUUUGAAUUUAAUUUGCUAUCGCGCUUUUAAACACUAGCACUCGACACGUGUAAAAAAUUUAGUAGAUUGUUUUGCUGCUAAAUUUAAAUGUAGUUUAUGAUAAUUAUUCAAUAAUAGUAUUUACUAUUAUUAAUUUAUUUUCUAUCAACAUUUCUCACGAGUUGGAAUGACAAUUUUUUUUUUGUUGUUUUUGUUUUUUCAUUAAAUUUCUGUUUAGGAUUGUGCAGAAUGCAAAAUGCAUAUCUUAGGCGCGUUUGGUUUGUAAUUAAUUUUUUAGUGUCAAUAAUUGUUCAUCGCGCAAGAUUAGAGAAUUCAACGAAUUAUUUUAGUUUAAUCGAUCUUAUUAUUAGGAUUAUGUUUGUUUGCAAUUACACAAACUGCUAUGGAAUUGUCACUGUAUUGCCACCAGAAGGGGUAGAUGUUACAAUUAUAGAAAUAAGCAUUGCGUGGUCAUUAUUUUAGUAAAAUCAAUUGUUAAAUUGUAGCGUAAUUGAUGCUGUUAUGUAUGUAGCUAAAUAUUAGAAUUCUUACUAUAUUUUAUAAAAGAGAAAUUAAAUAAUUGUAACAAUUUUUUUUACAUCUACGAGUAAUUUUGUAUUUUUAUUUUUCAGUUUAGAGUUUGGUAUUUUUUCCUAUUAUUAAUAUUUCUUCAAUAGUGCAUUAAGUUUUUGGUAUUUAUUUAGUUACAUAAAAAAUAUUGCUUUUUUUUAGCAAAAAGAAUAGACGAGAAUUAGUCGUUAAAUUGUAACUGUUGUUCCAAUUGUGCAAUACAUUACAAAAUUUUAAUCUGUUUAUACAGUUUUCUAGUUUGUGAACGUAUUUAAUUAGUAUGUAAAGAUAUUUAUUUGAUUGUCAUUGAGUUUAUUAGUUUUUGUUAUUAUAGGGAAGGUGUUUUAACCUAACUAUAAUGUAGAUGUAUUAUUGUAACUCAUGUGAUUGUCUAUUUUCAGACAAUUCCAUGUAGUAUUAUUUAUCUAAUAAAGUAUUUGUUAUAAUUUUUUAAUGCUAAUUUAUUCUGUUCUUCGUCUCGCAACACUAGUCAUUCGUAAAGCUACCUUAUUCAUUGUGCCACUUCGUUUUAUGGAAAUGUUUUCAAUAGACAGGAUUUUUAGAACCUCCUUUGAAGGACUGGAAUGUCUAGUCUACAUAUACAGGGCGAGAUAAC